UUUUUUUUGCAGGUUUACAGAUUCUCAAAUGAUAUUCACUGCCUGGACUUGUCCACAUUUAUCUGGUCACUGUUGCACACAUGGGGUACCCCAGCUCGCUGGCGAGACUUCCACUCAGCCACUGGCAUUGGUCAUUUUAUGUAUAUAUUUGGUGGCAGAGGAGAUAGAGGAGGACCUUAUCACACAAACAAUGAAGUCUAUUGUAAUCAAAUGCAAAUAUUUAAUACUCAAGACAAUACAUGGUAUGAGCCAAGUUGUACAGGAGACAUUCCUUCACCUGGACGGAGGAGUCACUCAGCAUUUGUAUAUAAAAAUAAGCUGUAUCUAUUCGGUGGUUACAAUGGUUUGGUAGAUGAGCAUUUUAGUGAUCUGUACAAGUUUGAUCCAGGU